GUGAAGGAUCAAAAUCCGGUUUUAUUUCACAGCUAAAGCAGUCCGUUCCUCCUUCUUGCGUCCUCAUCCGCUCGCAAUGGCCUCGACCCGACUGGAGCGGUUUUGGGGUCGUUUGUUGCGUCUUGUCGUUAAAACGUUUUUGGCAUUAUUCAGGUUAUUCGCACCUCAGCAUCGAGGAAGCGCAGAAGGUCACCGGCUUCCCCCCAUCACCGAGCCGCUGCUGCGCGUUUCCGCCGUUCAGCUCGCUCGGAACAUCCGCCGCAAACAAGUAACAAGUGUCCAGGUGGUUCAGGCUUACAUCGAUCGUAUCCAGGAAGUCAACCCACUAAUCAAUGCUUUGGUUAAAGACAGGUUUGGUGCAGCGCUCCAAGAAGCAGCACAGGUAGAUAAACUGAUAGAGGAGGAGACAGGAGGAGAGGAUGUACUGGAGGACAGACUUCCUCUCCUCGGUGUGCCCUUUACUGUGAAAGAAGCCUUCGCCCUGCAAGGCAUGCCCAAUUCUACAGGACUGCUGAGCAGGAGGGCGGUGGUUUCAGGAGUGGAUGCCCCACCUGUGGCUCUGCUAAAGCGAGCUGGGGCAAUUCCACUUGGUGUGACCAAUUGCAGUGAGCUGGCCAUGUGGCUGGAGUCUCACAACCACCUUUAUGGCAUUACCAGAAACCCUUAUGACCUCAAGAGGAUAGCAGGGGGCAGCUCAGGGGGAGAGGGAAGUAUAAUAGGUAGUGGUGCUUCUGUGAUUGGAGUGGGAUCAGACGUUGGUGGAAGCAUUCGCAUACCUUGCUUUUUUAACGGCAUCUUUGGACAUAAGCCAACAGCAGGUAUAGUAAAUAAUGGAGGUCAGUAUCCUCCAGCAUCUGGACAGCAGCCAGGCUUCCUCUGUACAGGCCCCAUGUGCCGCUACGCUGAGGAUCUUUUGCCCAUGCUGAGGAUUAUGGCAGGACCCAAUGCAGAAAAAUUAUCCCUCUCUACUAAUGUGGAUCUAAAGAAACUCCGGUUCUUCUCUGUUCCUCAUGAUGGAGGGUCACCUCUUCUCUCUCCUGUAGAUCCACAACUGAUUCAGGCACAGAAGAAGGUGGUUGAACAGUUAGAGGCUGAUUUAGGGGUCCGAGUUCAAGAAUUGCGCAUUCCUCAGUUCAAAUAUUCCUUUCAGAUCUGGGGAGCCAUGAUGUCUUCACCUGGCAAGGAUGGAAAGCCCCCUACUACUUUUGCUGAGCUGAUGGGUGGAGGAGAGAAGAAGGUGUGGCCUGUGUGGGAGUUUUUCAAAUGGUUUCUAGGACUGUCCUCUCACACCAUGGCUGCUAUAGGUCUGGCUCUGGUGGAGAUGUUUCAGAGCUCACAGCCAUCUCAGUUCAUUCUGCAGCAGAAAGAGAGUUUGCAAAAGGAUCUGGAGGAACUUUUGGGUACUGAUGGAGUGCUGUUGUAUCCUUCACACCCUCAACUGGCACCGAAACACCACCAGCCUCUGUUCACCCCCUUCAACUUCUCUUACACAGGAAUCUUUAAUAUCCUCGGGCUGCCAGUGACCCAGUGUCCUUUAGGGCUUAGUGUGGAGGGUUUGCCUCUUGGACUGCAGCUUGUGGCAGGAAAGCUACAGGAUCAUCUCUCUUUGGCCACUGCUCUGUACCUGGAGAAAGCUUUAGGAGGAUGGAGGGAGCCGGGUCACACUGAGCGCACACCGAACAGCACCUCGAAUGAUCUCAGUAAUGCUACAUAACUACUAAACUGUCCAUGCAUUAAUUAGUUACUUUAUCUUCUUAAAGCUUACAGUUUCCACAUAAUAAUGUGGCUUACGGAAUAUUAAGAAUAUUAAGAGAGGAAAGAAGAUAGGAAGGAAGGCUGAAAAAUAGAAAGAAGAAAGGAAAUAAUGUAAUGUAAUAAUAAUAAGAUAUACCACAGAGAUGAAUGUGUAAUGUUGUAAUUUAAUUUAAUAUAUAGCAAUUAAAUUACAAUUAAAAUAUUGAGACAUUAAAUAUAAAUAGAAAGAAAGAAAGAAAAAGAAAGAAAGAAAGAAAGAAAGAAAGAAAGAAAGAAAGAAAGAAAGAAAGAAAAGGAUAUGUAUUAUUAAAACAAGCCACAAAGAUCAAUGUCAUUUUGCUGUGAUGAAGGAAAAGGCAGAAAGACUGAAGGAAAGGAAAGUAAAUGGAAAGGAAAGGAAAGGAAAGGAAAGGGUAAAUAAAAAGAAAGAAAGAAAGAAAGAAAGAAAGAAAGAAAGAAAGAAAGAAAGAAAGAAAAGGAUAUGUAUUAUUAAAACAAGCCACAAAGAUCAAUGUCUUUUUGCUGUGAUGAAAGAAAAGACAGAAAGACUGAAGGAAAGGAAAAUAAAUGGAAUGGAAAGGAAAGGAAAGGAAAUGGGGAAUAAAAAAAGAAAGUAAGGAAGGGAGGGACGAAAGAAAGAAAGAAAGAAAGAAAGAAAGAAAGAAAGAAAGAAAGAAAGAAAGAAAGAAAGAAAGAAAGAAAGAAAGAAAGAAAACCCUGCAAGGAGGAAGAAAGGAAAUAUGUGAUAAUAUUAAAGUACACCACAGAGAUUAAUAUGUAAUUUUGUAAUUUAAAUCCUUUUUAAAUUACUAUUACACUAUAGAGAUAAUAUAUAUAAAUACAAAGGAAAUGUAUUCUCAUUAAGACAUGUCACAGAGAGAAAGAAAGAAAUGUGUACUACAUGCUACAUAAAUGAAUGUGUCAUUUUAUUGUGACUUUUUUUAAACAGCAGAAUAGUAUUGCAGAUUCCUGUGAACACGUUUAUUAAAGAAACAAGGAGUAAGAAUGAAAAGUAAAUGUCAUAUUUAUGCAUAUUAAAACGUUUCCAUAAAAUAAACAGCUUUCAGACUUUAA